UGGAUUAAGUCCCUGUGAGGAUAUUUUUACAAACUGAGAGCCCCGUCAGGCAGCUGCGUGGACGGCCUGCCGGGGGUCCUGUAUCCGGGGGUUGGGCCGGCGCUCGCGGGCAGCCCUGGGGGCUGCGACCUGGGAGCUCCGGGACCCUGAGAGAGAAUCCAAACGACAAACAUCACGGGCCAGACUCAGUGCUGGGGUGAUGCCCUCUGCCCGCGGAAUUUUAUUUUGCAGAAGGAAUAAAGCGGAUAAAAUAACUUUUAGCCAAACUUCGGAGUUAAACAUUUUCUUUUCCUGACUCUAAGGAUAACAAGGAAGAAGAUGAGUGAUAAUCAGCCCAGAAUGGAGGUGUGCCCUUUUUGCAAGAAGCCAUUUAAAAGAUUAAAAUCCCACCUGCCGUACUGUAAGAUGUUGGGAGCAACCUUACCUGGUGACCAAAAUGUUCAGCAGUCUAAGCCAACUACGCCUGCACGCACUAAAAAAGUGAAAGAGCCCCUCAAAGAUUUAAUUAAAGCCAAAGGAAGAAAGUUAGAGAGUGAGGGAAAAAAUACUAAACUGAUACGGGACAAGCCAGCACAGACAAAUGAGCCCCCUCCAGGCCUGGCCGUUGGCUCAGAGAGAGCAAGCACCACCACAAAGCCAGACCAAGACAUCAGCCAUCAAACUCAGCUCUCGUUCAGGAUGUCAGAAAACACUGAGCCCAAGGUCAGUUUCCACCCAGAAACCGAGGCUCAGUUUUAUGCACCAGAGGGCGCAUCUCCUAGAAGAGGACUUGGCGAAGAUUUGCCUAAAUCGGAAGGAAGGAGAUGCAGCCCUCCAGAAGCAGAAGCCUCUCUCCUGGCUGGCUCGCUGGAACCGUUUUUGUCAAAUCAAGGAAGAAAAUAUCCCUCAGCUGCGCAGACCACUUCUGCUGACCUGAAACGGGACACAGCUGAUGCCCCAAGACAGGGACUUCUGGUAGAACCACUAGAUGUGCCUGUUGGUGGUCAUCACAGCUCUCCAAAGACCCUCCAUGAGGAGGCUAACGGAGCAAGGCUGGCAGCGUGGAGCGGUGAGAGAGGUUCCGCGGGAAGGGCUCGCCUCUGCGCCAUCUCUGCUGAUGGCAGAGACACUGAGACUCGGCGAGAGGACACAGAGUCACUCAUGUUAGCCCUUAAAAUUAGCCCAUUAGGAAAAACCCAAGUCCAACAGAACCAAGAAAAAGGACUUACCCUGGGAGCAGAGGCCUGUGGGAGCAAAGGAAAUGCCGAGGCAGGCGUGUCUGGCACAGGGGUGCAGGAGUGGACUUCCACAAGCAGCUUCAAGACUGGUGAUUCAGCCAUAGAGAGGAUAUCUCGAGACGAAGGUCUGCAUUCACCUGUGUUCACUCCAAGGGAGAAAGCUCACGAUGGGUGUCUUUCUGUCCUGCAGUCAAGGAAUCAGAGUCUUACCUCUUUGGCUAUCAGAGUGCUUCAAGAAGAGAAAGCAGGAGGAACUCGGAAUCGAGUCCCUGAUGUAGGAGGAUUAAUGGACAGUAAGGGGCCGGGCUCUCUGGACCGCAGAUCUGGCCAAGCCUUGCCCUCUGGGUGCCAGCAGUCUUUGCAGUCAGCCCAGCCUCACGUUUCUAAAAGCCCCUUCUUCAGUCAUGUUGACCCUGGGGAGAGAAAGACCCUUCCCAGUUCCAUGGGGCUGGAGUGGUUUCCAGAACUCUAUCCUGCUUACCUUGGACUCGGGGUGUUGCCGGAGAAGCCUCAGUAUCGGAAUGCAGUGGUCCAGACGCCUCAGCUCAUCAGUCCCGAGGGGGCGGGUCACUCGCAAGUUCCUCUGUUGGAAAGAAGUUCGACUGACGUGAGUGUGGAACCCCCGCCCGGCUUCUCCCUACAGAGGCUCUGGGGAGCUGUGCAGCAAGGCUGGAUCCGGUACAGCGCCACCGUAAGGCAGCGUGGAGUCGGUGGCAUCACGAUGCUCUUCACGGGAUACUUCAUCCUUUGCUGUCGCUGGAGUUUCAGGCAUCUGAAGCUGCAGCGCUGGCGUAAGCAAUGUUGACCUGGACGCCGCUUACGAAAGCUCUGGAGCUGCGAGGGGCGUGCGGUGUGGACGGCUGCGGUACAGGUUUAACCGUUUAAAUUGUAUUGGGACAGGAGAGGGGGUGAGUGAAUAAAGGUAUUGGCAUCUGAAACAGUUAUGUAGGAAGUAGAUGUUUCAUUAAGGCGGACAGAUGGGAUUCUGUCCAGAUGCUUCUCUGGCUUGCUCUCAGGAAACCUGUGGGAAAUGGAAUUAAAAGUAUGGAUUUAUUUUGGUGCAAAAAUGUUUUUUCAUAAUGCAUGGAAAAUGCAGAUUAUGAAAAACCUAUACAUGGAUUUUAAAUAUUUUUGGCACCAAUAUAAACUGAAUUUUAAUUCCACUUUUCCAUGACCUUUUUGAAGUCUCUCACUCUCUCUCCGCUUUGCUUGUAAUAUGCGCGUGCCAAAAUAUGAGGUCAGUCCUUCCUACGCCUCAGCUCUUUCAGAACUGAGGAAAAGCAGAUGGUUCUUCUCAGGCCGGCGCAGACCGCUUGUGCGCUGUUCCUUGCACUUCUUCCCAGAAUGUGGACUCUGGCUCCCUAGUGGGGAUGAUUUAACUCUGCCCCAGAUUCUCAUGGUUAAGCAUACUCACAAGUGUGUCCCCAACUACGAGAACUUUCCAUAAGGAGAAAAGUCAGAGUUGAGGGCGAGAAUUCUAGUCUAGUGCAGGCAUCAGGAACUGCGCUGGACCUCCAGACAGGGUCCUCUUGAAAGGGCCCUUCCGAGAGGGCUGCGGGAGUCCGAACCUGGGUCAGCACGCGGCGGCCCCGCAGUGGUGCGCCCUUAGUCCCUUAGCCCCUUCAGCAGGCCUCUGCCCCUCCCCUUCUUUUUUAUUUUUUAUUUUUUUGACAGGCAGAGUGGACAGUGAGAGAGAGAGACAGAGAGAAAGGUCUUCCUUUUACUGUUGGUUCACCUCCUAAUGGCUGCUGUGGCCGGCGCACCGCGCUGAUCCGAAGCCAGGAGCCAGGUGCUUCUCCUGGUCUCCCAUGGGGUGCAGGGCCCAAGCACUCGGGCCAUCCUCCACUGCACUCCCGGGCCACAGCAGAGAGCUGGCCUGGAAGAGGGGCAACCGGGACAGAAUCCGGCGCCCCGACCUGGACUAGAACCCGGUGUGCCGGCGCCGCAGGCGAAGGAUUAGCCUAAUGAGCCGCAGCGCCGGCCUGCUCCUGCCCUUCUAAAUGAAGUCCGGAACCCAGCCCCGCUCGCACAGCUGUUGGCUCUGGCAGCCUCACCCUGCACUGGCAAAGUUGAGCAAUUGCAGCAGAAACCCUGUGCCCCCCAAAACUCAAAAGUAUUUCCUGUGCGACCCCUCACAGCCCCCGCCCAAGGACAGGCGACCCGUCCAGGUGUCAGAGUUACACAGACCGGAGAUCGGCGCCGGCCGGGUGAGGAGACAUUUACAUAGGAGUCUGUCCCGGGUGCCCGUGCUGCCCUGGACUGCCCGUCACCUGGAGUGCCGUGGGAGCACACAAGGGCAGCAUGGCUGCGACUGGUGUCGCGUGCCAAAACCAGAAUGCCGAGACACCGACAGUACUUAACCAUUUGGUAAUCACGAUACACAGAUGUGUGAAAAAAAGGUCCAGUGAUCCAUUGAUCCUAAAGGAUGUCUGCUUCCUGUUGCUCAGUGUAGGGCACAGGGGAGACCCUGUAGGCCUGGUGGGGGGGGGGGGUACUUGAUAUCAUUCAGGACCAAGGAUUAUCUCACACAUGGUGGGAAUGAGCAACACUCUUUAGCAGAAUUAUUUAAGUUACUGUGAAUGCAUUCUUAAAUAAAAUGAUGUGGAGGGCUUUGAAAUAGAGCUUGGAGGUAUCUCCGUGUCCUGGAGUUGUUUGCAAAGUCCCCAAAGUAGUGGAAAGAAAGGCUCCCUCGUCGUCUUGCUGCCACCGGGGUUGGGAGAAUAACUGAAGACCGUAGAUGUUUUCUUCGUAAUGUUCAGAAUAGUUUAAGAGAAUUGUUGAGAUAAGCUGAUGACCAGGUAAUUCUCUUCCUAGAUUUAGACCUAAGCAAACUCAGCAUGAUCAAGGAAUGUACUUCAUAGCUCCAGUGUGCAGCUUCGGUGUAAACUUGCCCUAAGGUGCAUUUUUACGCGAGUAUCCCUGUAAGUUCAUUUGCACAGCCAGGCCCGAGCAGGAGGUGCAACUCUGCCACCUGCAGAAGUCCUCUCCACAAAGCCGGGGGAAAGAGAAGGCGGCUUCCCAGGAUCCCCCGCGCUCAGCAGCCUUCUGCAUUUGGCUCUUAGUCAUGCUGUGCGCCUUCUGGGGCACUGACGACAGCUUCCGUAAGUAACCAGCCAUGUUCACAUCCUGCUGCCGGCACAGCAGCACGCGUAGAAAUUGGGGCGGGGACAUUUAGCCUCGUGGUUAAGAUCCCUUCACCCCUGGGUUAACUCCCAGCCCUGCCUCCCAAUUCCAGCUCCCUGCUAAUUCAGACCGGGGAAGCAGAAGUGACGGCUCAGGUGGCUGGGUCUCCGCCACCCGCCUGGGAGACCUGAGUUGAGUUCCCAGCUACAGGCUCUGGCCUGGGCCAGCCCUGACCGUGUGGAUAUUCAGGGAGUGGACCAGCAGAUGGGAGGCCUCUCUUUCUGCUUCUCCAAUAGUAGUAUUUUGUUGAGUCAUUAACAAGCUGUUUAAUGCUUUAUGCAGAGCCUGCAUAUUACUACACCACUCUGUAUAAUAAAAAUAUUUUAAAAAAAAUGUCAGUCUGAGCUAAUCAUUUGCCUCUUCCAGAACCUCACCUGUGAGGUGAGUGCGUGUGUCACUGGCGCAGGUUACUCCACUUCCUGGAGCCCCCUUUGGCUGUAAUGGGGAUAAUUAUACCUACUUUGUAGGGAUUCGUUGAGAAGCCUUGUGUCUAAAUUCCGGCAAGGCCUGACUUAUUAAUAGCGCUUGUUCUAAAACCAUGUUUGCCUUUAGACUGCAUCCAAAUUCUAAACUUGAACCAAGGAAGAGAGACCCCACUGUUCUCCACCUCAGCGCAGCUGACACUCGGCCGCUUGCUCAGUGCCAGUGUACACACAGACACUGUCUCAGCUCUGGGGGCCGCGCUGUCGGGAUCGCAGACCCACAGGCGUGGGUUCUGCCGAGGCCUCCCCUGGCCACCUUGUUGCCAUGUCCUCACAUGACCUCACCCCUGAGCAAGCGCUCUCCUCCCUUCCAAAGGCCCCACCUCCUAGGACCCUCACCCUGAGAACUCUGGGUACAUUUCGGGGGGCAGCAACACUCGGUACACAGCAGGGCCUUUGCCUGCACUACCUGAGCUUGCUUCCAUUCUGGGUUUCCCACACCUCUGUUCUUGCUUUUCCUGGACCAUUUCCCACGUGGCUUCCUGCCCUGCUCACAGCCCCUCCCUCUGGUCUCAGGGUGGUGCUGUGGGGGAGGAUGAGCCCCAGGGCCACCACUCCCUGAGGCAGGCAAGGCUGCAGUGACAGUGACGUUCUCCCCCUGGGUUUCCCAUCUGCUUUGAUGUCACAGCGUCUCAGGUUUCAUCUGGAAGGCAAAGUGCUGUCCCAACAAGUCCCAAAUGUCCCCUGCCCACCAGGCCCCCUCCGCCUUUGACCCUCAAGCCUGACCUGUCCCCUUUGUGCUGCAACCUGGUAUGCCUGUGGGCUGCCUUGGGGCCAGGGGACACUCCCAGGCCUCCACGCCUUUCUAGAAGGUUCUGCAACAAAACAUCUGUGUCUGAGCGUGAUGCCUCCAAACCCGGCUUGCCCCUAACCAAACCGCACAACCACGGGCAUCUGGGGUCCACCCACGCCCAGCCACCUCCACCUGCAGAACCUCAGCAGGGGCCUUGCCAGCUGAUCGGCUGCCCCGCUCGGCCAGGGCCGGGAAAGGCCGGAGCCCACCUCAGGACUGUUAAAGGGUCGUCUUCAGC